CAUCAGUUGGUGAACAUGUCUGAGGAGUAUGAGUUGGAGAAGCUCAGGGAGGGAUUAAUCCAGCAAGAUCUCUAUGAAGUGCGACCAUUAGGGGAUGGUACAGAUACUAAUCAGGCAGAACCUGAUGUACUCCAAGUUACUGCUCGAUACACAGUUGGCAGCGAACCGAGAGAUAUAUUUUUCUUUCGUGAAGGCACAACUGUAUUCUGGAAUGUUUCAGAAUUAGAGUGCACAAAUGUUUUGUCAUUUGUGAAGCCAUAUGAAGAGAACAGUUAUGAUGAAAGAUUAGUUAAUCAGGAAAGUGAACUGAUGGAAUACACUUACAUUGAUGUAGGCCACAGCAGACUAAGUAAUGGGAAUCUGUGUCUGACAUCCAAAGAAACAACAUAUCUGGAUAAAUAUACUUUCUCCAAUGCAAUGGCUUUGUCUGUAAAAUUAGGAAUAUGGGAAGCUUCACUGUCCCGUUAUGUAGACACAAUUGAAUUUGUAACUGAGGACAUGAAACAAGGCAGAAAAAUACGAAUGUCACGGAAGGAAGUUCUGAGAAAGACAGGAGAACUUUUUGCACUUCGCCAUCUCAUUAACCUGAGCUCUGAUUUACUUGACACUCCUGACUUUUAUUGGGACCGUGAAACACAGGAGGCACUCUACCAGCAGAUGUGUUCAUAUUUCAGUAUCAGCAGGCGAACCAAGGUUAUGAAUGAAAAGCUGAAUCAUUGUUUUGAGCUGGUUGAACUACUGUCUUCCCAUCUGAAUGACCAGCACCACACUCGCCUCGAAUGGAUGAUAAUAGCUUUAAUCAUGAUUGAAGUAAUUUUUGAAAUUUUACAUUAUAUUGAGAAGUUAUCUUAGUUUAUUCUUUUUAAAACUUGUACAGAAUUUUCUGAAACAAAAACUGUAAACUCUGAAUAAUGUCUAUCCUUGGGAGGACCACCGAGGAAAUUAUGCUUCUGUCAAAUAACUGACAUUUUAUAUUUUUUUAAUGAUACGCUUAUAGAAAUGCAUUUUGUGUUAACCUUAUUUGUUUCUUAUAAUAGAAACACACAAAAUAGAUGGAUGGAUAUAAGUGUUCUGUGCUAUUUAAAUGUGUGGUGU